AUGAGAAAUACCCCCGAUUUUUUCAACAAGCUUGUUGAUAGUAUGGCCCCUACUGUUUUUGGUCAUCAAGACAUCAAGCGAGCAAUUCUGCUUAUGCUUUUGGGCGGAGUUCAUAAGUUCACCCAUGAAGGGAUCAAUCUCCGUGGGGACAUCAAUGUUUGUAUUGUUGGAGAUCCCAGUUGUGCUAAAUCUCAGUUUCUCAAGUAUACGACAACCUUAGUUUCAAGAUCUGUUUACACAUCUGGGAAAUCUUCCUCUGCUGCUGGAUUGACAGCCACUGUUGCAAAAGAACCAGAAACCGGAGAGUUUUGUAUCGAGGCUGGUGCACUGAUGCUUGCUGACAAUGGUGUCUGUUGCAUUGACGAAUUUGACAAAAUGGAUAUAAGGGAUCAGGUUGCAAUACAUGAAGCUAUGGAACAACAAACAAUUAGUAUCACAAAAGCAGGAAUACAAGCAACAUUGAAUGCAAGAACAUCAAUUUUGGCUGCUGCCAAUCCCACAGGAGGCCGCUAUGAUAAAUCUAAACCCUUGAAGUAUAAUGUUGCUCUUCCACCAGCCAUUCUUUCAAGGUUUGACCUGGUGUAUGUCAUGAUUGAUGAUCCUGAUGACACAACAGAUUUCCAUAUCGCCUCACACAUUGUGAGGGUUCAUCAAAAGCGUGAAAAUGCUGUUUCUCCUGCCUUCACCACUGCACAACUGAAGCGCUACAUUCAAGUUGCCAAGUCUAAAAAGCCAAAGCUAAGUGCAGAAGCAAGGAAAAUUCUGGUUGAUUCUUAUGUUGCUCUUCGUAGAGGUGAUACGGCUCCAGGAAGUAGAGUUGCAUAUCGCAUGACAGUUAGACAGUUGGAGGCUCUAAUCAGACUUUCAGAGGCAAUUGCCAGGUGUCACCUCGAUGAUGAGGUUCACCCACGCCAUGUUAAAUUAGCAACAAGACUUCUAAAAACUUCAGUAAUCAGUGUGGAGUCAACUGAGAUUGAUUUGACUGAGUUCCAAGAAGAGAAUCAAGAAGAUGGUGAUGUUGAUGGAAAUGGAAAUGGUGCACCUCAGACUGAAGAUGCAGAUGCAGAUGCAGCCAAUAACGACCAACCAGAAAAUGGAGAAGGGCAGGGAGGGAAGAAACUUGUGAUAACGGAUGAAUACUUUCAGAGGGUGACUCAAGCCCUUGUGAUGCGUCUUAGACAACAUGAGGAAACUGUUAUGCAAGAUGGGAGUGGGCUAGCUGGAAUGAGGCAAAGGGAUCUGAUACAGUGGUAUGUGGGUCAACAGAAUGAGAAGAACAACUACAGCUCUAUGGAAGAGGCAAAGGCUGAAGUCACCAAGAUCAAGGCUAUCAUAGAGAGUCUGGUGAGAAGGGAGGGGCAUCUGAUAGUUGUAGACGACGAGGCACAAGGGGAUGAUGGAGCGCGUUCUUCUCGAAACAACAGGAUUCUUGCAGUGGCACCUAACUAUGUUAUUGAUUAAAAUGCUAUUAUGCUUUCAAAUGUUGUUGAUUGAUUAAAAUCCAUGGUUCAAUGAUAUUAGAUUGUAUUGCUAUGGACAUAUCCUACAAAUUGUUUUAGUAGAAAUGGAACUUUUAGGUCU